AUGAAAAUCGUUCAAUUUGGACGAUUGUUUAUGCAAGUUGUUGCUGUAAUCGAAAUGGAUAAAAAAAGUAAACAAAGCGAAAAAGAACCACCAAGUAAACAACUGAAACCCCUCAAGACGACAAAAAUCUUUAUACAUUUCCGUUGUGUAACAGAAGCCGCUUGGACAUCUCUUUGGUUGUUUCUCUCGCUUAAUCAAAAUAGCGAUCGAGACGAAGCCAUUAUAAAUUAA